GGUGGGCAUGCUGCCGGGCGCUUCGCCUGCGCGGCCGCACAGACCUUCCUUGAUGGAGCAGGACAAAGGUUUUGUUCUUCUCCCAACAGUGCAGCCUUGUACGGCCGCGGGCAGCGGCGACAGGCAGCAGCCAGCGCGGCCCGGUGCUCCCACGCCACGGCGUAGGGGGGGAGUUUCUCCUCCUUUGUCAGCUCCCGGUCAGGCAAAAGCCGGUGCGCGGCAGCGCCGGAGCAGCCGGGGAAGGGCCUCGGCAGGAGCCGCGGAGCACGGCGGCCGCGGUCCCCUCUGCCCCGGCACAGCCACCGGCCCGGCCUCGCCGCGCUGGGAACGAGCAGCGAGCCCCGGGGAGCCAAGCUCUUCAUGACGGGAACCCGACCAGGCAGCGGGGACGGCAGCUGCGCCCGGGGACGGGGAGGACGGCAGCAUUGGGGACAAGGACACCAGCGCCCCGUCCCCACCUCCGGCGCCCGCCGUCGGCCAUGGGGAACGGCAUGAGCCAGAUCCUUCCCGGCCUCUACCUUGGGAACUUCGUUGAUGCCAAAGACCUGGAGCAGCUAAGCCGGAACAAGAUCACCCACAUUGUUUCAAUCCAUGAAUCUCCUCAGCCCUUGCUGAAGGACAUUACCUACCUCCGCAUCCCCCUGCCUGACACCCCUGAAGCCAACAUCAAGAGGCACUUCAAGGAAUGCAUCAGUUUUAUCCAUCAGUGUCGCCUGCAUGGAGGGAACUGCCUCGUCCACUGCCUCGCUGGCAUCUCCCGCAGUACCACCGUGGUCGUUGCCUACGUCAUGGUUGUCACGGAGCUGAGCUGCCAGGAGGUGCUGGAUGCCAUCCGAACCAUCCGGCCCGUCGCCAACCCCAACCCCGGCUUCAGGCAGCAGCUGUCUGAGUUCGGCGGCAGCGCAGCCCGCAAGGUCCGCAAGCACCUGAAGCAGAGGUAUGGGACGUCCCCUUUCAAUGACGAGGAAGAAAUAAAGGCCUUGCUGCCAGUAGGGAGAGAAGGAACGUCCAGGACAGAGGGAGCUGUGCAAGGACUGGUCCCAAGAGCCAGAGACAUGAGGAGCACAAGUCCCUUCCUGUUGCGGGUGAAGAGGACAUUCUCCUGUAUCCCGGCUUGUCUGAAGCCCGUCCCCCCACCCCGUCUUGGGGCAGCCAGAACCUGCAGCGUGGAGCAGGAAAAGGAAAGUGAAAGCAGGAGCCGCUUUCAGUUUCGCCGCCGGGCCGCGAUGGCGGAGCCGGGGGCGCCCAUGCGGCUGAAGGAGUGGCUGAUCGCGCAGAUCGACAGCGGCCGGUACCCGGGGCUGCGCUGGGAGAACCGGCACCGAACGCUCUUCCGCAUCCCCUGGAAGCACGCGUCCAAGCAGGAUUACCGGCAGCAGGAGGAUGCUGCGCUUUUCAAGGCUUGGGCUGUCUACAAGGGGAAGUACCACGAGGGGACGGACAAGGCCGACCCCUCCACCUGGAAGACGCGGCUGCGCUGCGCCCUCAACAAGAGCACCGACUUCCAGGAGGUGCCCGAGCGGAGCCAGCUGGACAUCUCCGAGCCUUACAAGGUGUACCAGAUCGUGACUGACAGAGCCUGUGAUGCAGACAGCAAGCUGUCUUCCCUGGGGCUGUUCCUGCCGUUUGCCAGGGGGUUCAUCUGUUCUUUCUUGCUCUCUGCAGAGGACAGUGACACACAGUCCCCAGGCAGUGAGGACCAGCAGGUGAGCCUGCCCUGUGCCAUCCAGGCAGGGGAGAAGGGCAGCACUGCAGGGAGUCCGAAGAAGGAGGAAAGCCAGAAGGACAUGCUGGAGAGUGCCCACGUGUCUCCACAGCCCCGGCUCUCUGGCCACCCAACUCAGAGAGGGUGCCUUGUGAAGGGAGUCUUCUAUGGCUGGAACCCGACCCAUGGCCAGCUUCUUCCCGGACCCCCGUCCUACCUCCCUGUGGAGGAUGUCAACAAUUCAGACUGCUGGCUCCACAUCCGCCUGUACUACUGCGAUGUGCUGGUGAAGGAGGUGACCACUCGCACGGCUGAGGGCUGCCGCAUCACCACCCGCACCGUGCCGGCCGACAGCGAGCACCUCUAUGGCCCCUCCUGCAUGGAGCAGAUAAAAUUCCCCUCACCGCAGGUGCUCAAUGGCCAUGGCCAUGUGGCCUGCAUGACCGACGUGCUGGAGAGGCUCUUGCCCCAUCUGGAGCGUGGGGUGCUGCUGUGGGUAGCACCUGAGGGGGUCUUCAUGAAGCGCCAAUGCCAGGGCAGGGUGUACUGGAAUGGGCCAUUGGCCCCGCACAAGAACUGGCCCAACAAGCUGGAGAGGGAGAGGACUUACAAGCUGCUGGACACGCAGCAGUACAUACAGCAGGUGCGGGAGUACCUGAGCAACGGGCAGAUCAUGCCACAGUACCAGAUCUACCUGUGCUUCGGGGAGGAAUACCCCACCAGAGCUGGGCACCCCUUCCAGAAACUCAUCAUGGCUCACGUGGAGCCGGUGUUCGCUCGGGAGCUCUUCCAUCAUGCCCAGCGCUUGAGGCCGACACUUCUCUGCAAUUCCCCCCAGCCCUGUGCCCCUGGUACCUCCAGCCAUGUUCUCCGUGUCCUCAAACAGCUCUGCCAGCCCUGAACUGGGUGGGAGAAAAGAACCCAGUUGCCAUAAAGUCUCAGAGUGGGAGGCCCUGAGCCCCAUGGCCCCACUCCAGCUGCAUGUCCCAAGGCAGAGUGCUCAGGGUGCUCAGUGUGCAGUACACAGACAAGGAUGGAUGUUAGCUGGAGUGAGCAGGUGCUGCAGCCCCUGUGAUUGCUGUAUUUAUUCACCAGGAGUCCCCCAGGUGGGAUUGGUUGUAUGCCUAUUCAGCAAGCCAGGGUAGACCUGGCUCUGUCCUUGAACCUUGCGCUGCCAGGACUCGCUGUUGCAAACGUAGGAAAUAAAGGUUG